AUGUUUAGCGUUUCAUUAUGGAAUUAUUCAUUAAGUAUAAAUCCCAAUGUAACCGAGUCCACUUUCGGGCUCAUCGUCGGUGCGAAUAGCUUUGCGCAAGCCAUUGCAGCUCCAAUUUUCGGGUACUGGAGCAAUCGCAUUGAAAAUGUAAAGCUUCCUUUGUUUAUCGGUCUUCUUUUCAUGGUCUCGGGUAAUAUUCUCUACUCAAUUUUGCCAUUAUUCGAUACAAGUGCCUAUUCGUGGCUGAUAGUCGCUCGACUUUUGACUGGAAUCGGAGCUGGAAAUUCGGCCUUAAUUCGUGCUUAUGCCUCACAAUCGUCUUCGUCGGAGGAUCGGAGUAAAGCGAUCGCUUGGACGACAGCCGGUGACACGCUCGGCACAACAACUGGACCGUUGAUCCAACUUUUCUUCUUGCCACUAGGCAAAGAAGGCCUCGAGCUUUUCGGUUUCCGCAUCAACAUGUAUACAAGUCCGGCACUUUUCGCCUGUUUCAUCGAUUUGAUGGGUAUCGUUAUUGUCUCCAGAUUUUUCGUUGAAGACUACUCAAUGCUCAGAUACGAGCAAAAGGGUCUCGACAGCAACAUGAUGCACCCAUGUUGGACGGCGGUGGGAGUUUGUGUGGUGACGAGAUACUCGCAAGCGCUUUUACUUUCGACUUUUGAUGGGGUUGGUAGCUCUUUCGCUAGUAUGAUGUUCGGGUUCACAGAAGAGGAGACGGUCCGCAAUAACAAUUUCUCCAUAUCGGUGCAAGCCGCCAUCGGGCUUCUCGUCUACUUUUCUUUUAUCUAUUUCAAUUUGGGCAGGAGGAUAGCGAUGCGCACAUCCGUUCUCGUUGCUCUGCUUUGUUUCAUUUUGUAUCAUUGCCUCACUUUUGCCUAUCCUUUCUACGAUUUGCACGUCAAACUCGCCUCUCCCGACGUGAAGGGUCGUCAGUUCGGUGUGUGCGAGUCAUCAAGAUUCACUUGGUGCACCUCGCUCACGACCUAUCAUCCACUCGUCUUCUAUAUCUCGUAUCUAACAUUUGUCGGCGGCUUUUUCCCGAUCAUCAACAUUGCUUUGACGACUCUUUUCUCGAAAGUGAUCGGCCCGAGAGCACAGGGCACCCUACAAGGCCUCUUCCAAGUAGCCGGCUGCAUUUCGAAGAUGAGCAGUCCGACAAUUUUGGGCUCUACCUACACGGUGGGUGGACCUCGGCUAGUCUGGAUCCUGCAGAUCACUCAACUUAUCAGUGUUUUAUUUCUAUGGAUUAUAUUCAGAAGAAAAAUGAUCGGCAUGCAGGAGCGCGUCGAUGAACAACUAGAGAAAGAGUGCAAAGAUUGCGAGGAGAAAGAAGACAAGACAAAGCUCGAGAUUCUCAUCUGGGCAACCGGAGAACGGUGUAAAGCA